GCAACAUGUUCGUGUCCUAUUGAAGCCCAUCGUUUGACAAAGUCCCCGUUUCAUAGUUAUCCUUCAAUGAAAAGCCUAUCUCUUCCCUGUUAAUCACAGCCAAAUGAUUCCUUUUUCCAUAACACAUACCCAUCUGAUUGUUCCAUCAAUCUUUUCAAGGCCAAGUUAAAGAACCAAAAUUUUAAGAAAUCCAGAGCUAAAAUACUUUAAUAUUUGUAAAAUAACCAAAAAUAUUUGUUCCAAGAUAGUUUUGGCUCCGAUUUCAGUAGCGUCUCCUGUUUCUUCCUCUGAGCAUAUCUAUUAAUAGAUGAUGAACAAGAUGGUCAUUCGUAAGUCAUGAUUUUGUCAUCUUUUAUGAAAUUUGUAUGUAAAAUUGUGAUAACCAUUAUACUCCCCUCAAAGAAGAAAAAGGAACCCUUACAUCAACCAAAAGGCAAGCAUGCAGUUGAGCUUCCAAAUUAUUGUGCCGGUUUGUUUACAAGAAGCGGAUGUUUAAAAGUUCUGGUAAAUGCAGGUCCAGAUUUGAUUGCCUUUGAAACCAUCCCUAAUAAACUAGAAGCUCAGGCCUGUGUUGAGUUGCUUGAGGAAGAAAAUGUCAACAUUCCAUCUUGGAUUUGUUUCAGCUCUGUGGACGGAGUAAACGCUCCUUCAGGAGAGAGCUUCCAGGAGUGUCUUGAGGUAUUAAACAAGAGUGACAAAGUAGCUGCAGUGGGGAUCAACUGUGCACCUCCCCAUUUUGUUCAAAGUCUCAUUCAGACAUUGAAAAAGGUAACUGAUAAAGUCAUAAUUGUUUAUCCGAAUAGUGGUGAAAUAUGGGAUGGCAUUGCUAAGAAAUGGAUGCCUUCAUCAAAAUGCUCUGCUGAUGACAACUUUCAAGCUUAUGCUGUGAGAUGGCGUGAUGCAGGAGCUAAACUGAUCGGUGGUUGCUGUCGAACUACACCCUCGACAAUCAGAUCCAUCUCCAAAGUGUUGAAGGAAAAACAUUAAUAUCAUAUUGUAACUCAUCUUUCUCAAUUCUUUUGUUGUUUCAUGCUGCAUUAACUUAAGAGAUUCAAUUUGGAGAAGGCUGUCCCCAAAAUUUUGUAGACUUUUCCUUUUAGAAAGGCAUUACUUUAUUGUUUUUGCUACAUUUUUAAUUCAAGAAGGAAUAAAAAGAAUUGAUUCAGUAGUUAU